AUGGAAAAAAGUGUGGAAGAUGAUGAAGUGGGCAGCAACGAAAUGGGAAGAUCAUCUGCAGAUGAGAUGGAUAGAACAUUAUGGAAAUUUAUAGAUAAAAUGGAUCGUCAGGAAGAAGAAAGUGAUAAUGAAAUAAAGUGUGAAGCACAAUUCAAAUAA